CUCAACCAUUCUCAGUUCAUCAACUCCCACAAAACUACCCCUCCAAAAAAAAAAAAGACAAAAUAUAUAUAAAAAAACAAUAUGCCUAUCCCAAUGACAAUGAAGGUUGAAUCCAAUGGACAUCACACUUCCAAAAGGCUCGAAGGCAAAGUCGCCAUAAUCACAGGGGGCGCGAGCGGCUUCGGCGAGGCAACCGCGGCCCUCUUCGCCCGGCACGGCGCGAGGGUGGUGAUCGCGGACGUGCAGGACGACCGCGGCCGCACCCUCUGCGGCCGCAUCGGGAUCCCCGAGCAGGUCACGUACGUGCACUGCGACGUGACGCGCGACGCCGACGUCCGCGGCGCCGUGGACCUGGCCGUGGCCAGGUACGGCGGGCUCGACAUCAUGUUUAACAACGCCGGCAUCCCGGGGAGCCUCGACUUCGCGAUCGCGGACGCGGACAACGACAACUUCAGGCGCGUGUUCGACGUGAACGUGCACGGCGCGUUCCUGGGGGCGAAGCACGCGGCGCGGGAGAUGAUCGCGGCGGGGAGGGGCGGGGUGAUCUUGUUCACGGCGAGCGUGGCGUCGGUGGUGGCGGGGGAGUCGCCGCACUCGUACGCGGCGUCGAAGCACGCGGUGGUGGGGCUGAUGAAGAGCCUGUGCGUGGAGCUGGGGAAGCACGGGAUACGCGUGAACGCGAUAUCGCCGUGCGCGGUGGCGACGCCGCUGCUGACGGGGACGAUGGGGGUGGGGAAGGAGGUGGUGGAGGAUAUCAUAUGCGCGUCGGCGAAUCUGAAGGGAGUGGUCCCCACGGUGGAUGACGUGGCGGAGGCGGCUUUGUAUUUGGGGAGCGAUGAGUCCAGAUUUGUGAGCGGCCACAAUUUGGUGGUGGAUGGUGGUUAUAGCACCACUAACCAGAGUUAUACCAGGGUUAUUAACUCUGUCUUUUCUCCUAAGUCUAUCCCCUAAUAAGUAAUAACCUCUUUUUUUUAUUUUCCAUAUUUACUUAUGUGUGUAUUGUAUGUUCACAAAAUUCCAGAGCUAAAAUAAUCGGUUCGGUUGUAAAUUCCAGUUUAUGGAAGUCUUGACAUUUACUAUUACCUUUCUCCA